AUGAUUGGAGGAGCUUCCGAAGAUCAUAAAUUUGCCAACGCAGUGGUUACCUCGACGAGGCACCCUUCCGAAUCUCUGGAAAUGAUAACCCGAGUGUACACAGUUUCCACAAUAUACAGUAUACGGUGGUAUACGUAUAUACCCUCACGAGGCCCGACCCACCUCAGUGGUGAAGUGAUCCACCCAGAAAGGGAGAUGAGGUCAAGAUCCUAUUGA